AGGGACGAUAGGUGGUGUUCUGGACUUGUAGACGACGGGACACGUCUCGAAAAUAAUAAGUUAAAUUUUUUCGAAACAACGGCUAACUAUUGAGAUUGUUAAGGAUUGCUACGUUUGUUGAAAAUGUCAAAAAAAGAUGAGACGUUUCGUGGUGUCUUAGACGCGGAAGAAAAACAUGCACAUUGGGGAACCAUUGGAGUCGCUUUGAUUGUUGGUCUCAUCACGCUGUUUAUUUUCCUUUUUGUAUGGAGAAAAGGACGUGUAUCACGUCGUGGAAUCUGCUUGGUAGGGUUGUGUGAAUCUGGCAAGACACUAAUCUUCUCUCAAUUGAUCUAUAAAAAAGCUGUUGAAAGCUUUACCUCAAUGAAAGAAAAUGUAGGAGUAUUAGACAUUGCUAAUAAGGGGGCCUUAAAAUUAAUUGAUAUCCCUGGCCAUGAACGUGUUCGCCAACGCUUCUUUGACAGUUACAAAAACACAGCAAGAGGGAUAGUCUUUGUCCUUGAUUCUUUUAGUCUUAACAAAGAUAUUCGUGAUGUUGCUGAAUACCUUUACACUAUCCUGAGUGAUCCUGUAGUGUCAUCGAACCGACCCCAGGUGCUUAUCCUAUGCAACAAACAAGAUCAUCCUUUAGCUAAAGGACCCCAAGUUAUUCAAUCUGUUCUUGAAAAAGAAAUGAAUGUGCUGAGAAACACUCAAACCAACCAGCUAGAAGCUGUAGCUGAAGGCGGAAACAGAAAAUCAUUCUACCUUGGACAAGGAGGCAAGAAUUUUGAGUUUGCCGAUAUUCGUUCUUUGCGCGUGGAAUUUGCCGCAUCAAGUGCCCAAACAGAAGAUUUGGAAAAUUUGAAAAAGUGGCUGCAAUCAGUUGCUUAACCCUCAUUAAUUAAUUGUGUUUCUCUUGUCUAUAAAUGACCUAAAUACAUGACAUCCAUCUA